AUGGAGAAGUAUCUGAGCGUUAAUAGUCCUACUACUUCACAACAUUUCCACUUCCCUGCUGGUUUCAGGUUCCAUCCGUCUGAUGAAGAACUCAUCGUUCAUUACUUGAAAAACAAGGUGGCUUCACGUCCUUUACCGGCAUCUGUCGCCGUCGAAAUCGAUCUCUAUAAGUACAACCCAUGGGAGCUACCCAAGAAGGCUUUGUUUGGAGAAGGGGAGUGGUAUUUCUUCAGCCCCAGGGAUAGAAAAUACCCCAAGGGAGAAAGGCCUAAUAGAGCUGCGGGAUUAGGUUACUGGAAAGCCACUGGAAGUGACCAGCCUAUUUUCAGCUCUUUUGGAUCAAAGCAGAUCGGAGUAAAGAAGUCUCUAGUCUUCUACGCUGGUCGGCCUCAGAAAGGAACAAAGACGGACUGGUACAUGAACGAGUACAGACUCCUUGACUCAUCGAUCAAGCCCCCAAAUCUCAAAGGCUCGAUGAGACUCGAUGAUUGGGUUCUGUGCCGGGUUCGAUGCAAAGGCGACAUGACAAAGAACACAGGGGAUAAUAUUCAAGACAGCCACAGCACUAAAUUUCUCUGCAGCCAACCAAAUGUUGAGAAGACGAGACUUGCGCGUGCAAACCGUGACAUGAUCAGUGAUUACAUAUCUAAAGACUGUUUACUACUAGCUUGGAUACUUUCCGGCCAACCUCUACCUCCCGUGGACACCAAUCUUUCAAAUGUGAAUUUUGAAGGAAGCGAAAAUGGAAACAGCUUAAACGAUUACGGUCGAUUGAAUUCCCAUAUAGUUUCUCCCACGGACAAUAAUUUAAGCUUACUAAACUGCAUAAUAUCUAAAGAACAGCAAUGCAUAGGUAGCAAGAGCGAAUAUGAGAAUAGUCUAUCUAGCAAGACAUUAGCCGAGUCUGAUAUCUAUGAAUACUUCCAUAAACAGUCACGCUACAACAUAAUAAACUCUGAUUGUCCAAUGGAUUCCAUUGGCAAAUUCCAAGAGCUCAAUGAACUGGCCUUAACAGGGAGAUACUCGCAGUGA